AUGGAAAUCAAGAAUCCAGCUUCGUUGCUCUUUGCACCGUUGAUCUCACUGUUGAUCAUCACCAGCAACUUAAUCAGCACAACCGACGGCCACGAUUUCAAGAUCGAAGAGGCGAGCAUCGAGGAGAUCCAACGAGCAUUCACAGAGAACAGACUCACAUCAAGGCAGUUAGUUGACUUUUACUUAGACCGAAUCGAGGAGCUGAAUCCGCUGCUUCGCAGCGUAGUGGAGGUGAAUCCAGACGCGCGGGAUCAAGUGGACGUGGCUGAUCGCGAGAGGGGAGUGAAUGGUGACCGUUCGAUGGUGGCGGCGUUGGGGGAGUUGCACGGAAUUCCUGUGCUACUGAAGGACACAAUAGCGAAGAUGGAGAUCGGUGGAUUGGAGAGGCGUUGUGGUGCUUGUGAUGGCUGUGGUGUUGAUGGAGUUCUUUGGUGCUUCCGGGUUUUGACCGACAAGUUGAACACGACGGCUGGGUCGUACGCGCUGCUGGGUUCGGUGGUGGCUCGUGACGCGGGUGUGGUGGAGAAGCUGAGAAAAGGUGGGGCUGUCAUAUUGGGGAAGGCUAGUCUUACUGAGUGGUACUCUUUUCGUUCUUUGGGUCAUGUUCCUAAUGGUUGGUGUGCCAGAGCUCGUCAAGGCGUGAACCCGUAUGUUCCAUCAGGGAAUCCAUGUGGUUCGAGCAGUGGAUCAGCCAUUUCAGUAGCUGCAAACAUGGUGGCAGUGUCACUUGCAAGUGAGACUCAUGGCUCCAUCCUCUGUCCAGCUGAUCAUAACUCUGUUGUAGGGUUCAAACCCACUGUUGGGCUAACUAGUCGAGCCGGCGUCAUUCCAAUAUUACCCCGCCAUGACACAGUUGGGACAAUAAGCAGAACAGUGUCUGAUGCGGUUUAUGUGCUUGAUGUAAUUGCGGGUUUUGAUCCACGAGAUUAUGAAGCAACAAAAGAAGCAGCCAAAUUUGUACCUGUUGGUGGUUAUAAACAAUUUCUUAACCCAAAUGGGCUGGAAGGAAAGAGAUUGGGGGUCGUUAGGAAUCCAUUUGUGAGCUCCUUAAAUAAAUCCUCUGUUAUUGAAGAGUUUGAACGCCAUCUGAAGACAAUAAGACAAAGAGGUGCAACUGUAGUGGACAAUCUUGAGAUAGCAAAUAUUUAUGUAAUACUAAGUUCUAAACGAAGUGGUGAAUUGACUGCAAUGCUGGCUGAGUUCAAGUUGUCCUUCAAUGAUUACCUGAAAGACCUCAUCUCUUCUCCAGUGAGGUCACUUGCUGACAUUAUUGCCUUCAACCAAAAUAAUCCUGAUUUGGAGAAGACUAAAGAGUAUGGUCAGGCCACUUUUAUUGCAUCAGAGAAAACAAGUGGGAUUGGAGAAAAAGAAAGGCAGGCAUUUGAAUUAAUGGAAAACCUGUCACGAAAUGGAUUUGAGAAAUUAAUGAUGGAAAAUGAAUUGGAUGCAUUGGUGACACCUGGUACAGGUGCCAUUCCUCUGCUGGCAAUAGGAGGUCAUCCGGGAAUUACAGUCCCUGCUGGUUAUGACAGUGCCGGAAUGCCAUUUGGGAUCUGUUUCGGUGGCAUCAAAGGUACAGAACCAAAGUUGAUUGAGAUAGCUUAUGCUUUUGAACAAGCCACCAUGAUACGGAGGCCUCCUUUUUCCAAAUCAUUUGAAAUGAAUAACGAAGUUCACUUUGGAAGUGCCUAGUAAUUUUCGUGUUAGUUUGUAAAAAAGGUAAUUUUUAUUUAUUUACCCAAGAAGAAAAAUGUAAUUUCUAUUUGGUUCAACUGUGUAAGUAGCACUAUUAAGAAAGAAGAAUUUAGCUCUGUUCUUUUUGAUUUCCAUGUGAUUCUGGUGAAAGUUUGGAUAAAAUGGCAAGUGUUUGCAUAGA